CUUAACUGCUCACCCUUCCCUUUUUCCCUCUUGCCAUCUCUUUUUUUCCCUUCUCCCUACCUUUUUUCGGCGUAUUCACGAUGGCCAUACAGAAAGAACCCGGUCAAAAGGGCAUCAACUGGUCCAAUAUUGCUGUUGGUGGUAUCAUGAAUAUGUUCGAGGUCACGACUCUUGGACAGCCUUUAGAAGUCCUCAAGACGCAGAUGGCUGCUAACCGGUCGCAGACGAUGUUGCAAGCCUGCAAAACGGUCUGGAGUCGAGGAGGUUUUGUUGGUUUCUACCAAGGCUUGAUCCCAUGGGCGUGGAUUGAGGCUUCAACAAAGGGAGCUGUGUUGAUAUUUACGGCAUCAGAGGUCGAGACUGGUACAUUGGCCAUGGGAAUUAACCCAGCCUUUGCCGGUCUCUUGGGAGGCAUGACCGGCGGUGUUGCCCAAGCUUAUGCGACCAUGGGUUUCACGACGUGUAUGAAAACAGCUGAAAUAACGCGUCAAAAAACGGCUGCUUCCGGAGUGAAGGCCCCUUCAACGUGGGCACUCUUUGCUGAAAUUUACAAACGGGAAGGCUUGGCUGGUGUUAACAAGGGUGUCAAUGCUGUCGCGGUGCGUCAGUGUACCAACUGGGGUUCUCGCAUGGGAUUCGCUCGCUUGGCCGAGACUUUCAUCCGGAAAGCCCGUGGUAAAGGGGACAACGACUCUUUGAAUGCUUUCGAGAAAAUUACGGCCUCAACUGUUGGUGGAACCCUGGCAACUUGGAAUCAGCCGAUUGAAGUCAUCCGUGUCGAGAUGCAAUCCAUGGCAAAAGGCGCAGCUAAUGCUAAUCGACCCGAGAAACUCACGAUUCUUAACACGUUGACCUAUAUCUACAAGGAAAAUGGUAUCAAGGGACUCUACCGUGGUGUUACCCCCCGUAUAGGUCUCGGUAUAUGGCAAACCAUCUGUAUGGUUAGCUUCGCCGAUUAUGUCAAGUUAUGGGUCAAGGGGAAAUGAGCUUUCGUAUUAUAAUACCCACUUUAGAUUACUCUACAAUCGUAGACUAUGUACUUAUUGCUUUUUACAUUUUGACGCGUACCAAAAUUGCCUCCGGGUACCAUUGAGCCGGUUCCGGUCCAGAUUUCAUUUCUAAGAA